GAGCUGCAAAGGGGCUGAGAGGUACCAAGCAAAGCUGAAAACAUCUGAGCUUUGACAGCCUCUGCCUCUCUCCCCCCUUCUCUCUCUCUUUCUGAAGCAAAGCAGAGCCUCCUUGAAGAGAUGCUCCUGGAAACCCUGAAUCCCAUGCACUACAACAUCACCAGCCUGGUACCAGACACGAUGCCCGUGGCCACGGUGCCCAUACUCAUCCUCAUGUGCUUUCUCUUUCUCAUAUGGAAUCAUGAAGAGACUUCAUCAAUACCAGGGCCAGGAUACUGUAUGGGAAUCGGUCCCCUCCUGUCACAUGGGAGAUUUCUCUGGAUGGGAGUAGGGAACGCCUGCAACUACUACAAUAAGACAUAUGGAGAAUUUGUGAGAGUCUGGAUCAGCGGUGAAGAAACGUUUAUAAUUAGCAAAUCCUCAAGUGUGUUCCAUGUAAUGAAGCACUGGCAUUACGUGUCUCGAUUUGGAAGCAAGCUUGGAUUACAGUGCAUUGGCAUGUACGAGAAUGGGAUCAUAUUUAACAACAACCCAGCACACUGGAAAGAAAUUCGACCUUUUUUCACCAAAGCUCUGUCCGGGCCCGGGCUGGUGCGGAUGAUCGCGAUUUGCGUGGAGUCAACCAUCGGCCACCUGGACAGCCUGCAGGAGGUGACCACGGAGCCGGGCCACAUCAACGCGCUCAACCUCAUGAGGAGGAUCAUGCUCGACACAUCCAACAAGCUCUUCCUGGGGGUCCCUCUGGAUGAAAAUGCCAUUGUGCUUAAGAUUCAAAACUACUUUGAUGCCUGGCAAGCACUUUUAUUAAAGCCUGAUAUAUUUUUUAAGAUUUCUUGGCUGUGCAAGAAAUACAAAGACGCAGUCAAGGAUCUUAAAGGAGCAAUGGAAACUUUAAUAGAACAGAAACGACAAAAGCUUUCCACUGUUGAAAAGUUGGAUGAACACAUGGAUUUUGCAUCCCAGUUGAUUUUUGCACAGAACAGAGGGGAUCUGACUGCUGAGAAUGUGAACCAGUGUGUGCUGGAGAUGAUGAUUGCUGCUCCUGACACUCUGUCUGUGACUCUCUUCUUUAUGCUAAUCCUGAUUGCAGAGCACCCCACAGUGGAAGAGGAGAUGAUGAGAGAAAUUGAAACUGUUGUGGGUGACAGAGACAUACAAAGUGAGGACAUGCCAAACUUAAAAAUUGUGGAGAAUUUUAUUUAUGAGAGCAUGAGAUACCAGCCAGUUGUGGACUUGAUCAUGAGGAAAGCCUUACAGGACGAUGUCAUUGAUGGCUACCCUGUCAAAAAGGGCACAAACAUUAUCCUCAAUAUCGGACGUAUGCAUAAACUCGAAUUCUUCCCAAAGCCAAACGAGUUUUCUCUUGAAAAUUUCGAGAAAAACGUUCCUUCGCGCUAUUUCCAACCCUUUGGCUUCGGCCCCCGGAGCUGUGUGGGGAAGUUCAUUGCCAUGGUGAUGAUGAAGGCAAUCCUAGUGACCCUUCUGAGGCGCUGCAGAGUCCACACGAUGAAAGGAAGAGGCCUCAACAACAUCCAGAAAAACAAUGACUUAUCCAUGCACCCCAUAGAAAGGCAGCCUCUGCUGGAGAUGGUUUUUACACCCAGGGGAAACGCAAACGAGAGCCAGGGGGAUAGAAUGGAUCAGCACUAAGGUCACAGGGCUUGCUCGACCUCUAAGAAAUAUUCAUCAUUCCCAGUUAAACAGAUAAAGUAAAACGUUUUGUUGCCCCUCCAUGACUUCAGGUGGCAACUUGUUCUGCCUGUACAGCAGAACCACAGGCCACAGCUGGAAAGAGUAAAAGUACAGAAUAGCUUUGUUCUAGACAAUGCCAUGCUACACAAUUCCUGAUUACUCUUUAAAACCAUAGAGUUCAGACAAAAUUAUGCCUUCCCUUUCAAACACUGCCAGUUCAUAGGUUUGAGGGUCAACAAAUGAACAUACCUGAUGCAUGUUUAAUUCCAGGACUACACUUUUCCCCCACCUCCCUGAAGCUGGACCUAGCAGUAUUUAACUACAGCAAAAGCUCUAAUUAUCUGUUCUCAAAACAUCUAGUUAGUUCAUUUCAAGACUAAGAAACAAUUUAAAAUAUUUCAGACAUCUAUAAAUUGUAAAGAAAUGUUUGAACAAGAAGUCAUUCAAACAUUUUUCUUUACCAUGUUUUGCUGUCCUAUUGAACAGAUACCAAACAUUUACAGUGUCACAUAGAUUUUACCAAUAGCAGUAAUUAUAUUUACUAGGUAAUAAUGGCAGUUGAGAUAACUGUUCUAUGUUUUUAAAACCCAGUCUUCUGCUGCAGGGGAUCUGUAAACAUUUUAAUAAAGGCCAGGUGAGAAUGAGGUAAUGAACACCAAACAUAAACACCAGCAUUACAUGGCUGGGUUAACUUUCAGCACCACCUCCUCACCUGAUUGACUGUAGAAAUUUCCCACCUCACCUCGAGUGAAGGUCAAAUUCCCUCUAAGCUGUCAAAGAUGUGCCAAAUCCUUUUUGACCUGGUUUUAGUUGCUCAAUUCUACUGCAGAGAGUAAGAUUUGGAGUUGUUGCCCAUGUUCCCACCCCACAGCAGGAGACAGUGUCCCCCCCAGUAAUCCAAAUAAUUCCUGGUGCUCCUCCUGCAAGAGCUCUGGGCUGUGUCCUGCUCUCCAGCAUCUUGCUCCAUGCCCACUGGUGUAGAGAGGUUCUGGAGCUUAAGAAGAUAAACACUCCCACAGGAGGAAAAUUUCGCUGGGUAAAUGCCCAGAGUUUUGUAGUGACAAAGGAGAAAAGUACUGAAGUAACAAGCAGAUUUCUAGGAAAUGUUUUUCAAGGUGUUUUGCAUACACAGGUUUUUAUUUUAACUAUAAGCCAGGCUGGAGUUUAUACAAAAUCUUUAACAGGAAAAAGUGACAAAUACUCACCCUUUCUCUUCAGAAUUGACCCAUCUUGAAAUCUGUACGAUCUGGAUUCUGAUAUCUCUACUAGCCUAAAGAGGAGUUGUAAGUUUGGUCAAGAAGAAAAAGACCUUCCUGGCUAAGCGACAGCAUUCCUGGUCAGAGACUUUCCAUUUUCAUUAAGCUUGAGUUUUCAUAGUGUGUAACACAAAGAAAGGGAUUUUCCAGAUAUAGUGCCUUGGUAAUGACAAGCACCCAAUGUACAAUAGGCUUUAUAUUAACCUUUUCCUUCCAAGUCAUUUAAAUUAUAAUAGAAGGCAAGAAAAAA